GUAUUACCGGAUGCGUUGGCAGAAUACAAUCGAUUAAUAUGUAGUAAAGAUUAACUCUUUUCGAAUGCAUCUUUUCAACUAUUAAUCUACAUAUGUUGUCGUUGUUAUAACCAAGGGGCCCUUAAGAUGCAGUUCACAAACAACAGAACAAUUAAAAAGUACUUUGGAAUAUGUAUAUUUACAACAACUUUAACUUUAAUCCGUCUGAUUUACGUAUAUUUCGAUGAUGCCAGUCUUAAAACUUUAAACUUCACCGCAAAGUUAGCUGAAGGAAAAUAUAAUAAAAUUCUGAGACAAUAUGAUAAGUCAGAGUUCAUAAAACUAUCUACGACAGAGGGGGAAAUAACACAUUCAAUUGAGAAUAUAAACACAGGUAAAGGAGAUACAAAUAUUAACCAAGUUUAUUCAAUGAUGUGGCACACAAAACCAUUCUGGGCUCCAAAAGAUAUCCUUUCAUAUGAAUUUAGAAAUUGUGCGUUUAGGAAUUGCAUAGUCCGUGAAUCAUCAGAUGACACUACGCAUGGCACAUGUGAUGCAAUAUUAUUUCAUCACACAGAGAUGAAUAUAAAGGUUCCAAAUAAAACAUCCGGUCAAAUAUGGGUAUUCACGUCAUAUGAAUCUGAAAUACAUACAGCAAAGCACUUUUUGAAAAAAGGAUGGGACAAUAAAUUUGAUUGGGUAUAUAGCUACAGAUCGGAUGCUGAUAUAUCUUAUCCGUAUGGGUUACCGGACAGGAGACACAUACAAAGUGAAAAAAAUUAUACGAGUCUUUUCCGAGAAAAGUCAAAGAAUGUUGCCUGGGUAGUAAGCAACUGUAAAUCCGUUUCAAAGAGGUACCAGUAUAUUAAGGAAAUGAUGCAAACCAUACAAAUAGAUAUAUAUGGGAACUGCGGUAAAAAAUGUUCCUCUUCUUGGAAUAGUGACAAAUGCUUUAAGGAUUUAAGUAAAGAUUACAAGUUUUACUUGGCGUUUGAAAAUUCAAUAUGUAAUGACUACGUUACUGAAAAGAUAUUCCGACUAUAUCAGGACGGUUUUGACAUUAUUCCCGUUUACCGAGGAGCCCGAAAUAUAAAGGACAUUUUACCACACGACACCUUUAUAUCUUCAUUAGAUUUUAGUUCGCCUACACAACUUGCUUUGUACAUGACAAAUGUAGGAAGUAAUGAAAGUACAUACACUAAUUAUUUGAAAGCAAAAGAUAAGAUUUUUUUCAAAGGACAUACACGAAAGGAGGGUUUGCAGUCUAUGUAUUGUUCUGUCUGUGAAAAACUCAAUAAUAAGUAUAAACGAAGUCCUAAAUUAAACUUAACAAAAUGGAUGUUCGAAAAAAAUUGUUAUAUCCCAACAGACGUGUGACGAUAUGGAUGUUUUUAUUAAUUGAAUGAGAAAAAGUUGUUCUUAGAAACAAGUGUUACCUCAUUAGCUGUGUAUUGUGCAAUUAUUAAAAGUUUCAAGUACGA